UUUAAAAAGAAGUUCCCUAAUAGCAAUAAUAAAGCAAUAUCCCAACCCUCUUCCUCCAAAGUAGGAAGCUUGUACUGUGUCCUUAAGAUUCAGGGGAGACCUUGCUCUAAACUCUUCAUGUCAUCUGUAUUUAAAUGACAUACAUUUGAAGAAGAUGUCAAGGUAAAAGUUCAUGGAGGCUUCCUUGGGUCUCUAUUUGCAGUCUUGGAGCUCUUUCCCUGCAAUUGUAUUCAUACUGAUGUUUUAUGAUUUCUUUUGUUCCAUUUUCUCAGGCCCCCCUGUCUUCCCCCUAAACCACAGAAAAUGAGGAGACCUAGGCCUCUCUCAGUCUAUAAUCAUAAACUCUUUAACGGCAAUAUGGAAACAUUCAUUAAGGAUUCUGGACAGGCAAUUCCACUUGUGGUUGAAAGUUGCAUUCGCUAUAUUAAUUUAUAUGGUUUACAACAACAGGGUAUUUUUAGAGUUCCUGGAUCUCAGGUUGAAGUCAAUGAUAUCAAGAACUCAUUUGAGAGAGGUGAAGAUCCCCUUGCUGAUGAUCAAAAUGAGCGUGACAUCAAUUCUGUGGCUGGGGUCUUAAAGUUGUAUUUUCGGGGACUAGAAAACCCACUCUUUCCUAAGGAAAGGUUUCAGGAUUUGAUAUCUACUAUAAAAGUUGAAAACCCUGCAGAAAGAGUGCACCAGAUCCAGCAAAUCAUCAUUACCUUGCCACGAGCUGUCGUCAUUGUCAUGAGAUACCUCUUUGCUUUCCUUAACCACUUGUCGCAAUACAGUGAUGAGAACAUGAUGGAUCCCUACAAUCUAGCCAUCUGCUUCGGACCAACUUUGAUGCAUAUUCCAGAUGGGCAGGAUCCAGUGUCCUGCCAGGCUCAUGUCAAUGAGGUCAUCAAAACCAUCAUAAUCAAUCAUGAGGCCAUCUUCCCUACCCUCAGGGAACUGGAAGGACCUGUUUAUGAAAAAUGCAUGACUGGUGGGGAAGAGUACUGUGAUAGCCCACACAGUGAGCCAGGAACUAUUGAUGAAGGAGAUCAUGACAAUGGUACAGAGCCACACACCAGCGAUGAUGAAGUGGAACAGAUUGAAGCUAUUGCAAAGUUUGACUAUAUUGGACGGUCCCCACGUGAGUUAUCCUUCAAGAAAGGAGCUUCACUUCUCUUAUAUCACCGGGCAUCUGAAGACUGGUGGGAAGGACGCCAUAAUGGCAUAGAUGGCCUCAUACCACAUCAAUAUAUUGUGGUACAAGACAUGGAUGAUGCUUUUUCUGACAGCCUUAGUCAGAAGGCAGACAGCGAAGCAAGCAGUGGGCCCCUUCUGGAUGACAAAGCCUCAUCGAAGAAUGACAUCCAGUCUCCAACAGAUCACAUGCCAGACUAUGGAUUUGGAGGAGUAAUGGGACGGGUGAGGUUAAGAUCUGAUGGAGCAGCAAUCCCUCGGCGUCGAAGUGGGGGUGACACACAUAGUCCCCCAAGAGGUUUUGGUCCAGGAAUAGAUACUCCUCCUCGAGCAGCAGCUUGUCCUAGCAGUCCUCACAUGCUGCCAUUGAACAGAGGCAGGAUCGAAAGCCCAGAAAAACGCAGGAUGGCAACGUUUGGAAGUGCUGGCAGUAUCAAUUAUCCAGAUAGAAAGACAUUGAGUGAUGGCCAUCCUCUGAGGUCUACCUGUAGCUCAACUCGGCAUAGUAGUCUUGGGGAUCAGAAAUCACUAGAAGCUGAAGCCCUGGCAGAGGACAUUGAAAAGACCAUGAGCACAGCACUGAAUGAACUGCGUGAGCUCGAAAGGCAAAAUACUGUGAAACAAGCCCCUGAUGUUGUCCUGGACACUCUUGAACCAAUGAAGAACCCACAGAUUGGUUCUGUCAAUUCUGAACCUGCCAGUCCCCUUCAUACCAUCAUGAUCAGAGACCCCGAUGCAGCUAUGAGGCGGAGCAGCAGUUCAACCACUGAAAUGAUGACGACAUUUAAACCUGCUCUCUCAGCCCGGCUUGCAGGAGCUCAGCUGAGGCCCCCUCCUAUGCGUCCCAUCAGGCCUGUUGUACAACAUCGAUCAAGUAGCAGUAGCAGCUCAGGAAUGGGCAGUCCUGCAGUGACACCCACUGAGAAGCUCUUUCCUAAUAGUUCUUCAGAUAAAUCUGGCACAAUGUAGCUAUUACCCUCUCAAAGGAGCAUUCUUUGGGAAAAUGGUUAGUCAUUCUGAUCUUCAUUUCUUUUGAGAAGGAAGCUAUGAUUGUACAAAUGAUGUCAUUAGGAGAAAAGACAGGGAAAAAGUGACUCUUGUAAAAAAAGAUGAUACUUGGGAUUGUAGAAGCGGUUUAAGGAUUUUGUGACAUUUACACAUAUAACAAGAUUGCUGAAAAUAUUUGGUACUACCAAUGGUCAUUUUAUGUAAUUACCACUGGAAUAUUCAAGUCUGUCUAGAAGUAUAUAUGAAACUUUAUAUAGCCCAGUAACAAUUUAAUAGACUUACCUCACCCUUAGACAUCUGCUAGAGUGUGUUUUUGCCUGUGUGGGUGAAUUACACAGCAACUAUACAUCGAGCAAUAGACUGUUGAUCAGUUCAUGAACUGAAUUUUCACAUCAGUGCAAUUUGGCUUUAGAGUUACAAAUGAAAAGAAACACUAGUUGUCCUGGAAAUACUGAAUUCAUCUGAUGAUGAUCAGUUCUGUUCUCCUAGAUGGGUGGAUUUCUGUCUUCAAAUUCAUCUCUUAAGGACUGCUUCAUUGAAAUAUGGAAACUUGUGGUCAUUUUCUGGUUGGAGGAGUAUGCCAGAUGUGGAUGCAAAGAGUAAAAAGUGGUACAAUUAUACCCUUAUACAAACAGGAAAUCUAGGAUGUUUUGUAUGGAUUUCAUGUUGUAGCACAGUGUUACAUGUGUACAAGAGAAACUCAACUCCCACUGUUUUCAAAACAGAAGAGGACUUUGAAGUAACCUGUGGUUGAUAACAAUAAAUAAAUAGGCUACCUUAUAUAGUGGUUGAAAUAUUUUAUUCUCUCAUCUCCCUUUUUGCUAAUGAUUCCUCUGGAGAAAAAUGCUGUUUUAAUCUGGAUUAAAACAGGCAAGGAGGGUUUUAGUAAAAUCAUAUUUCUUUAAAGUUACUUAGCAGUAUAUAAGGGGGUUCCUGGACCAUAUCCCCUUGCAUGAACAGCAUGAUCCAUACUUGACUGAAUUGGGCAUAUAUCUGAACCAAUAUGACAAUUUGCACUUUCUCUACUGUACUAUAUAACAAUAUAGAGUGAUUUGGGGCUUACAGAAAUAAAAUUUGUUUCUGUAGUUUAAUAUAGGCAAAAAACAAAAGAAAAAACAAAAAAAACAUUCACAACAACCAAGAGCUCUAGCAUUUGCAUGGUUGCCCUUUUUCUUUUCACUGAACUCAAGGCUCUACUUGCUGCUUUUUAAAAUCACAUGUUUCUAAUACCAGCCCUUCAACUAGGGUAGAUUUUUUGUUUCCUUUGAAUUCCACUACUCUUAUAUUUUAACAUUGAUAAAUCUUACUGAAACUGCACACUUGGUUAAAUCCGCAUGUUCCACUGCUUGAUACCUCGAAUUUAUUUUGUAAUGGCCAUCUCUUAAAAAGAAACCAAAUAUUUUCCAUUCCUCAUUAGAAGUCAAUUUUAAUGACUUCUGGGUAAUUGGUGGCCUUGAAUUCGGCUUGCUGUACUCACUUGCUGAUACACUUCAGCCAAAAUUUAAUUUAUAAAGCAGUCCAUUUUGCUGAAGGAAGAAAAUAUCUGUCAUAUUUAUCCUCUUAUUCGUAAUCCCAUCUGUUUUCAGAAAUUGCAUAGAAGAGGACAUAUUUUAGGAGAUAAUGUUUUCCUCUGAAGUGAACACACAUGUGAUUCUCAUUUUCUGUAUCUCAUCUGUGAACAUGCUUCAUUUCAUGAAUCUGCCCCUUGCCUGUUCUAGCCUGUUUAUAUAUUGCUGUACUUGCUUCCAGUAUGAAAAAUAUCUGCUGAACUGUAAUGUUUCUUCUUCAUGCUAAAUUUAAUUGAGACCCUGUGACUCCAAAUCCUUGCACUUAAUAGAUAAUUCAGUAUAUUAGAAAUGCAUCAGUAAAAAUGAGAACAACCUUCCCCAAUCCUGAAGGAAUUUUGACCUUCUCAUAUAUAGUGUGAAAGGAAUGUAUGUAGUUAUUCUAAUAUUGUUCCUCAAUAUUAUAUUAUAAUGAUAAUGGUGUUUAUCUAUAUGUCUGCUAAUGUAGUAGGCAUCUGUAAUGCCAUAAUUAGUUAACAGUGGUAGUUUUUCAUUUAUGAAAUUCUUUUAAUCCCCCUUCCAAGUUACCCUACAUGUCCCCAAGCCUUCCCUAGCAUAUAAAUAGCCCCUAGUUCAUUAUAACAGCAAAUAUUCCAUUUGUGGUAGUAACAAACCAACAAAUGUAGUUUUUGCAUGGGUUGGAUAUUGCAAAGUGAGGGGGGGGGAAGAGAGGGUGCCAUUUGGCAAACUAUUCUAUCUUCAUUGCCAGUAAUAUUUUUUCUUACUUUGCUUUAUGGAGAAGAGAUGCUUUGAUCACAUCUGUGUGUGUUACACAUAUUUUUGAAAAUGACUUGACAGCAUAAGAAUUAUCUGAAGGUUUACUUUUCUCCUUAAAGAUAUGAUACAUUCUAUCUUUUAUUAAAUUAUUUUUGUUUCUAUUUUUUCAUUGGUUGUUAGUGGUUUUUUGUUUGUUUUUAACUCUUUAAGUGCCUUUUGAGCACCAGAACAAAUCUUUGGAUUAUAUGUGCUUGGGAAAUGGACAUAUCAAAAUAUCUCUUGUACAGUUACCUCCAUUUUCUUAUAAGAGCAAGAAUUGUCUUUAAAUUUUAAGGAAAAACUAUUCAGUCUUGUCAAAUUGCGGAUGACUAUUAGGAAUUGUGAAAGAGUUCUUUGUCCAGCUCUUUGUAGUUUUAAGUAACAAUACUUGGAAUGAAGCUGAUGAAGUAACAACACUUUCUCUUAGGAAGUGCUUGUCUCCCUGUUUCAUAGGCUUCAGCUAGCAGCAAUUUCUUUUUUUUGACAUAUUUUGUUCUGCAGAAAUGCCAUUUCCUGAUUGUCAUGCACAAGGGAAAUUCCUGAUUGAUUCAUCUCUGUGUUUUCAGACACAUUUGGGUAUGGCUUGAUCCAACCCAACAAAGAUUUCAAGGGAGAAUGUAAAAUGCAUACAAGUAGCAAAUGGGAAGAAAAAGUGUGUGUGAGUGUGUGUGA